GACACCAUGGCGUUGCGAUUACUCGUCAACACCGGCCUUUUGGCCAUUCCAAUCGGCGGUUCGGUCGGCACGCUGCUAGGUAUUGAUGCACACCGAUCAGCGACCGGACAACCACCACUCUUCACCAACAACGGCAACUCGAAUACCGGCUCAGGCUCUGGCUCUGGCAGCGAUAGCACUGGGGGCGGCUCCGGUGGUAGUGGCUCUACAACGAAUAACGGCGUCACCAACACUCAGUAUUGCCAAAAUUCCUACGGUAUCUCACCACCGUCGGACGGACAGCUCUAUACUCUCAAUCCCAACCAGUGGGGAGUGACAGAUUCAACUUCGGGCGCGCUAUGCAUGAAUGUCACGACGUUCAACAAUGAAACCUAUCCGACCAAAUACACAGCCCCAGGCUUCUCCGCGACUUGGCAAUUCGAUGCCGGCCCUUCAACUCAGCCCGUGCACGCCUACCCCAACAUCAUGGUGGACGAUAUCUUGCCCAUUGAGCUGGACAAGAUGACCCAGGUCGACCUCGACCUUCACUGGACCUAUGGCGUGGGCAACACCGCCGCCGCCUCGACCGACGAGGACACCCUCACAGCGGCAAACCUCCAGACCAACGUUGCCAUCGAUAUGUUCUUCGACUCGGAUAAAACGAAUGCAGCAAACAGCACUCUCGCAAAAUACGAAGUCAUGGUCUGGUUUGCCGAUUACGGCUCCUCCGCUCAGCCUAUCGGUCUCUCCGCUGGCGCGGUGACGACAAAGACGCUGAACGGAACGACAUUCGAACUCUACACCGGCACGAAUUCGGCAAAUCAAAGCGUUCUAUCAUGGUGUGCUACCGAAGCAACGGAGAAAUUCACCGGCGACAUCUACCCCCUCAUCACCGAUCUCUACACUCUGACUGGCGAUAACUACCCAUCUAACACGGAUUAUAUGGGUAUCUUCCAGUUCGGUACCGAGGCGUUCUCAGUAGAUAAGAACGUUACCUUCUCGGUACCCAAACUCUCGGUUGACAUCCAGAAAUAA